AUGGCUGCUCCAGUCGAUGACGAUUAUUUGCGCACGGGCGGCGUGAACCCGAAUCUGUCGAUUCUCUCGUCGCCCCUGUCUCCGUCUUCCUCUCUCUCGCCUUCGCUCUACGCGACCCAGCCGUCUCUCUCUCUCUCCUCGCACCCUGCGAAACUCGCCGGAGACCUCUACCUCAACGGAUAUGGAAAGCAGUUCGGAGACAAAAUCACCUACUCCGCCGGCAUCUCUUACGCGGCUGGUCUGAGUCUCGGUGGCCUGUAUGGAUUCGGCGUCGGUCUGAAGCGAGGAGGCGCUACCGCUCGCCUGCGCAUCAACGCAAUCCUCAACGGCUGCAGCGAACACGCCCCAAAGACAGGCGCCCAACUCGGGACGAUCACUCUUUUCUACUGCUGCUUCAACAACCUCCUCGGCCUGUUCCGCGAAGACGAACCGACCAAUGCUCCGAUCGCCGGUGCUGCUGCUGGCGCGCUGUACAAAUCCCUGGCGUCCUGGAAGGUCUUGGGCGCGUACGCGGCCACAGCCUCUCUGGCUUUCACGGGAAUUGACCAGUAUCUCCGCAAGUACGUCUGA